CAGGGGCAAGAUGGCUGCCGAGAAGCAGGUUCCCGGCGGUGGCGGUGGCGGUGGCAGCGGCGGCAGCGGCGGCGGCGGCGGAGGACGCGGAGCCGGCGGAGGGGAGGAGAAUAAGGAGAACGAGCGGCCGUCAGCCGGGUCGAAGGCGAGCAAGGAGUUCGGCGACAGCCUGAGCUUGGAGAUUCUGCAGAUCAUUAAGGAGUCGCAGCAGCAGCAUGGUUUGCGGCAUGGAGAUUUUCAGAGGUAUAGAGGCUACUGUUCCCGUCGGCAGAGACGGCUCCGGAAAACGCUCAACUUCAAGAUGGGGAACAGACACAAGUUCACAGGGAAGAAGGUCACCGAGGAGUUGCUCACUGAUAACAGGUACUUGCUCCUGGUUCUGAUGGAUGCCGAGCGGGCCUGGAGCUACGCCAUGCAGCUCAAACAGGAAGCCAACACCGAGCCUCGGAAGCGGUUCCACUUGCUGUCCCGCCUGCGCAAGGCCGUGAAGCACGCAGAGGAGCUGGAGCGCCUGUGUGAGAGCCAGCGCGUGGAUGCCAAGACCAAGCUGGAGGCCCAGGCCUACACAGCCUACCUGUCGGGAAUGCUGCGCUUCGAGCACCAGGAGUGGAAAGCUGCCAUCGAAGCCUUCAAUAAGUGCAAAACCAUCUACGAGAAGCUCGCCAGCGCAUUCACCGAGGAGCAGGCCGUGCUGUACAAGCAGCGGGUGGAGGAGAUCUCACCCAACAUCCGCUACUGCGCUUACAACAUUGGGGACCAGUCGGCCAUCAACGAGCUCAUGCAAAUGAGGCUGCGCUCCGGGGGCACCGAGGGUCUCUUGGCCGAGAAGCUGGAGGCCUUGAUCACCCAGACACGCGCCAAGCAGGCAGCCACCAUGAGCGAGGUGGAGUGGAGAGGGAGGACCGUUCCUGUGAAGAUUGACAAGGUCCGCAUCUUCCUGCUGGGACUCGCCGACAACGAGGCGGCCAUCGCCCAGGCCGAGAGUGAGGAGACCAAGGAGCGUCUGUUCGAGUCGGUGCUCAGUGAGUGUCGGGAUGCUCUCCAGGCCGUGCGUGAGGAGCUGAAGCCAGACCAGAAGCAGAGAGACUCCGUUCUCGAUGGGGAGUCAGGCAAGGUGUCGAACCUUCAGUACCUGCACAGCUACCUGACCUACAUCAAACUGUCCACGACCAUCAAGCGCAAUGAGAACAUGGCUCGGGGCCUGCAGAGGGCACUAUUGCAGCCACAGCCUGAGGACGACAGCAAGCGUUCUCCGAGGCCUCAGGACCUGAUCCGGCUCUACGACAUCAUCCUGCAGAAUCUGGUAGAAUUGCUCCAGCUGCCUGGCCUCGAGGAGGAUAGAACUUUCCAGAAGGAGAUCAGCCUCAAGACCCUGGUGUACAAGGCUUACAGGUGUUUCUUCAUCGCGCAGUCGUACGUGCUGGUGAAGAAGUGGAGUGAGGCCCUGGUGCUUUACGACAGGGUCCUCAAGUACGCCAGCGAGGCCUCCUCUGACCGUGCUGCCAAGACCAGCCUCAAGGACUUGCCUGACGUGCAUGAGCUCAUCACACAAGUGAGGUCGGAGAAAUGUUCCCUGCAGGCAGCGGCUAUCUUGGACGCCAGCGACCCCCACCCCACAGAGAAUGCCACCCAGGUCAAGGACAACAAGCCUCUGGUAGAGCGGUUUGAGACCUUCUGCCUGGACCCGUCGCUGGUGACCAAGCAGGCCAGCCUGGUGCACUUCCCGCCGGGCUUCCAGCCCGUGCCCUGCAAGCCGCUCUUCUUCGACCUGGCGCUCAACCACGUGGCCUUCCCUGCCCUUGACGACAAGCUGGAGCAGAAGGCCAAGAGCGGCCUCACCGGCUACAUCAAGGGCAUCUUCGGGUUCAGGAGCUGACCAGGCUCUUCCAGGGGUGUGGGUUGGGGACCCGCUCUGAGUCCUGUGUUGUGCGAGAGGCCGGGCUGGGCCUGGGACUGUAAAGUCCAGUGUGCAGCGAUUCCAGGUGCCACCCCUCGGCCCCGCACCCUCUGCGUGUCUGCACCUGCCCGUUCAGGGACCUCGGACCCCUGUGGGAAUGCUGGUGGCCCCUAUGGGCAGUUCUGUGGGUCCCGCCCAGAGUGCUGGAUGUCUGGGGGUGUUGGCUUCAGUCCCACGGACCUGAAAUGGACUCAUCUUGGCCAGGAGCAUUUGAGCCCCUCGUAGCGUGGGCCCAUGACAGGGGACACUGGCAGCAUCGCCCCAAGAUCAGUGGCCAGCCCUGUCCCCCCCCCUAACUCCCACACCCACCCAGGAAUGUUCCGGAGCGUCACAGCAAGCAGAGAGCUCUAUUUUUAGAAGAAACAUGUCACACAAAAUGAUGCAAACAAGUCUUAUAUUAAAAGGCCAAGAUACUG